UUUACUUUCUGUCAUUCAUUGAUCCUACUUUCGUUUUUGAAGCUUUUACUGGCAAUAGCACAUUAGUUGACUGGUGUCUUAGUAAAUUUUCACAAGACAUCAGAUCAAUGUCACGUAUCAUGCCAGAUUUUAUUCUAGUCUGUGAGUUAAGUUUAAAUCCCUAUAUGUUUUCCAUGCCAGAAUCUGUUGUGUCAUGUGUUUUCACGACUUGUUUAUCUUUCCAUGUAAUUUGAAUAAUCCCUCUUAUAAGUCACUAUUUACGUUGCAUAUCAAAUUAAUCCAUGUUUAUGAAUGUUUCUGCAAGAUAACUUUUCUAGAAACUUGUUAAAUCCUUCACAUUUUGAUAUUUUAUAUUUGACCUCGUUCUGUAUUGUGCAGAUCCGCCAUCUUGGAAUUGACUGUGAGCAGUUGCUACUAGCAACAGUCUGAGGCGGGCUAUUUGAAAUCGUAUUUAUUAUUGUUUAAACUAGCGUAUUUUUACGAAGAAUGAUGUUUAAUUCAAGAAAGAGAACCUUUGAGAUGAUGGAGGCUCAACAAAGGAGAGGUCGAUUGUACUCCUGUUUGCAUUGUAUUGGCAAUAAGGUUACGUAUGUGGCAGAGAGGUACCGUGUGAUGGACCAUAUCCAGAAGCAUCACCUUGCAUUAGACCAGGCGGCCUUUUAUUGUAACCUCUGCAUGUUCAGAUGCCUCACCAGAGACCAAUUAGAGAAACAUCUGACAGGCUACAAGCGUCAUGUGAUGAUGGCCAACACACCUGGCAUUGGUGACCAAAGGAGAUACUUGGUGGCGAAUCCAAGUCCCCGUAAGAUUACAGAGGGCGUUGAUUACAGACUGGCUAACCUAGAAGACCAAGUGGGUCAGCAGUUUAAACACGUUGACCCAUUUGAGGAGACUCCAACCCAGUCGCUUAGUGUGGCCAAGUCUCAGGACCUAGUUACAGUUAGGGUGACACCAGACGUCCUGGCCACACUGACUUCCAUGACGCCUAAGGCUCCAUCCACUGUCACUAAGGUAGGAGUGCCAGCAUCCACCUCAGAGCUCCCCAGGUAUGAUCCUUUGAGGCCUGGGCUCCAUGAUUUUGACGACCUGAGCGAUCUUCUCAGCAUGCCAACAUCUCGACAGUCUCACACCCAGUUAUCCAGUAGUGUGUAUGUCCCUACGCCGCAGAGCACUACCCUUUCUGUAGCCAAGCGGACACCUCUUCACACACCAGUGCUGCGUAAUGACGAGGAUGACCUUAACACACAGGUGCAACACCAGGCCAACAGGGAGGAGAACGUCCUUGAUCAAAUACUAGGUACCAGCACUCCCAUGACGUUCUCUCCUGUAGGAGCGGCAUCUGUCACAGAGGCAGAGAACCCCGUGAUACAGACCACCCGUGAGCAGGCGACCCAGACAAAACCACAUCAGGAAGAACUGGCCCAGAGGUACCAGCCCCUAACUGCAACUAUUGGUCACCUGGAAAAUACGCUCCAGGUAUCGUUGGGCAAGGUUACCUUCGCCAUGGAUUCAAACACCAGAGCAACUCGCCACUUAGGGCAGACCCUAGAAUCCAUGGCUGAAUCCCUUAGAACCCUUUCGAGGUCUAUGGAACGAUACGUUGAGGACACCAGAAGGUACAGACGUGAUGAGAGCGCAACAAGAUCCGAGAAGAGGCCCCGCACAGAGGACAAAGAGAACUCUCCCACUCUGAAGUCGGUAGUCAACAAGAAAAAGAAUAAUAAAAAUUAAUUUGUAAAACAUGUACUUUUAAUUAAUGUAAACUCUAAGAUGAAUUUUCAAAUUUAAGGUUUAAUGUUUUUGAAUUUAGACAUGCAGAUAUAUUAAGAUUUGAAUCAAUUUGUGAUGCAAAAGUAUUUCAUUAGUAAG